CGCUGCAAGGUGCAACCGCAGGGCAGCAGGAAGAGACAGAGAGAGACGUAGCAGAGAAAGGGCGAGAAGGAGAAGAAGAAGAAGAAGAGGAAGAACCAGCAACAAGAUUUUGAUGGAAAGACUCAUUCCACACUUUGACAGCCCUGUGUAAUGGCAAGCACUAAUCUAGGACAAGACUCCCUGAUGGUUAAUGCAGAUGUUAUUGGGUUCAGAGUGGAUGGCAACAAAAUGAGGCUCUUGGGCAUUCCUAUCACGAUGACAGGAUGUAAGGAUGAUGGUUGGGAAAAGUUCAAGAAAGAUUUCAUUCGAAGCUUGUGGCUUGGAAAGAUGGGCAACAAAAGACACAAGCCUGGAGCAGCAAGUUGGGCAGACCUUCCAGAAGACAUCUUUGGGCUGAUAUUGAAUCAUCUGCCAUACAUCGACCAUAUCUGCAUUAGUGCUGUUUGUGUUUCUUGGUACUCAGUGGUAGUAAGGAAGAAGUAUCGUCCAGCCCAACAAGCUCCAUGGCUGAUGCUCCUCGGCAACUUCGAGAGUGAAUCCUGCAGUUUCUACAGCCUAUCCGACCAUAAGUUUAGGAUGCUCAACCUACCAGAGUUUCGUGGGAUGCAGUGCGUUUGAUCGUCUGAUGGGUGGCUGGUAACCCUCAAUGAGAGUGCUGACAUCGGUCUGUGGAAUCCCCUCUCAAGAGCCAAGAUCCAGCUCCCGCCACUCAAGCUGUUUCCAAGUGUGUGGAGUUUGAUAAAAUGAUUAUGCCACUUUGUCGUAGCAAUGGUCAGUGACAAAGGCACAGUUGCUGAACCCCUUCCACCAAAGGUCGAAUAUCUUGUCGAAAGAAUACCAUUUUCUAAAGAUGCGCGUGUCGAGUGCAAGCAAAAAAAUGUAUUCAUCUCCCUUAUACAUAAGGUGGUCGUGUCAACACAGCCUGGCAAUUGUGCCGUUAUGAUCAUCCAUGGUCCGAAUGAAGAACUUGCAUUUUGUAGACCUGGAGACAAGUCAUGGACUGCUUUGGAACCUUGGGAUGUUUUUGGCACUUCUCCUAUGGCUGCAGAAUUCCAUUUGUGUGUGCCACCCAGGCUAUAUGAAAAGAUGUACCUGAGAGUCAAUGACCAUGCAUUGUUCGUGGGUGGAAAUCAAUCAAUUUCAUAUUCGGCUAGCAGCUUCUCCAACUGUAAAGCAAAUUGUAUAUAUUUUUGUGACGACGAGUGGGAUGUGUGUGUUGAAGAAUCUCCCCCAUGGGGAUAUGAUUUGGGCAUCUUUAACUUAAAAGAUGGAAGCUUCGAUCGAUAUCCUGGUAUUGAAUCUUGGGUAAUUAUGCCACAAUCAAUUUGGUUCACGCCUAAUCCUUACUAGCAUCUGUAACUACCAUGCCAGUUGGACAAUGCUUAUGAGUUGGGAGUUAUUGUACUUGCCAUUGUAUUAUACCACCACAAAAGGGUACUCAAUUUUUAUUUUAUUCUGCAUGGAUUAUAGGUUGUUUGGUUGUCUGCCUGUCUGGUUAAAAUUUAAAUUCAGGCCCUGUUUGGUAUACACCUAAAUGAAUUGAUCUCAUUUUAGUUAACUCUAAUUAUGUAUUAGAGAUCUUGAUCUCUAAUAGACAAUGAGUUCAUGUUAACCAUGAUUAUGUAUUAGAGGUCGAGAUCUCUAAUACAUAAUUACUGUUAAAUGAAAUGAGUCGAACUCAUCUUUAG